AUCAAACUAAAUGUUUACGUGUAAAAAGAUUCAAACUUACCUCAACAUCCAUCCAUCCAUAUUAAUUAUUAGAGAAAAAACGAUUUCACCCUCCUCUGCAAAUCUCAGCCUCCAUGUCAUGCCCAAGUAUAAGGCUUCAACUGGCCAAGAAAGCAUGGAAGAGGUACACCGCCAAACUCCAAACCAAGCUGCACAAACUCCAUAAAUCCAAAGCCAUCAAAAAACCACCCAAGAACAGGCUCAAAGGAGCAGCCUCAAAACGUACCGAGCCAUCUCUGAUUUUCGUGGGGUGGCCUCUUCAAUGUAAAAGCUGUCGUGCUCUACCUGCUGGCCUCUUACGCUGCCAUUUAUUCAAAGCCAAAGCCGAAGCUGUGUAUAUUAAUAAACUCUUCAAAGAAACUGUCCCUCGGCUGGUAGAGCAUGCAGAGGUGGAGCCACGGCCAGCAAAGCUGGCCAAAGAAAUCGAGGCGGAUGAUCAGCCAGUAGCCACACCGCCUGGAACGAACGAGGGAUGUGUUGAAAAAGAAUCUCCGGUGGCGGAUGAUGUUCGGGAGUCAAUAGGAUUAGCGUCUGCCCUGAGGCAGGGAUAGAUGAAAGAGCAGAGGAAUUUAUUACAGAGAGAUGGAGCUUCAAGAAAUUAUGGCUCGUAAUUUGUAGCGAUUAUCAAUGAAUUUGUAAUCAAGAAACAGUACAAGAAUAAAUUUGAUUUUUAGAA